AACUGGAUGGGCGACUCAUAUAGAAAAGUCGCUUCCUGUGUAGUAUUAAUUGAAACACUGGUCGCCAUAUUUAAUAUUCUCAGAUGUACACUCCUGUCAUUGUGUGCGCACGUCCGUGUGAUUCGCGAGUUAGUGUUGGUGUUGUUUUUCUCCUGAUAUGUAAACUGGUUAAAAAAAUUUUUUAAAUAUAUUAAUAUAUUAAUAUAAGUUUUAAAAAAAGUGAAAAUGGUUUUGGUGUGUGUAUAUUGUGGCAAAAAAGAUGCUAAAGGUGUUUCUUUUCACAUAUUCCCGAUACGUCCUGAACUUCGUCAAAUUUGGAUAAAAAAUAUGAAUUUAGAUGAAAAUUUUGAAUUAACAUCAAAUAGCAGGUUAUGUGGCGAUCACUUUGAUGAAAAAUGUUUUUCAAAAGCAACAAAUGAUAAAGAAAGAAUUCUUUUAGAAAGCAUACCAACAAUUUUUGAAACUAUUUCAGGUAUCUCCUACCGCAAUUAAUAUUUUUAAAGAAGAUUUUUAGACAGAUGUUAUAAAUGAAUCAAUUCUAUUGUGAAUAUCCUGAAUUUUGACCUGGAAUUUUUAAAUUGGAAAACAUCAAUUCAGUAGCAGGAAAAUGAUCGUGCGCCAUAUUACCAGCGUCUACUUUGUUUCAUUGAUAUAUAUAUAUAUAUAUAUAUAUAUAU